CAUCAACUGCCACCAUGACCUACACCGUCGACGUGCGUGCCAAGACUGGUGUCUUUGGCCGCUGGGUGUCGCGGGGUCUGACUCUAGACGGCCAGCGCCUCUCGCUACACGACGGCCUCGUUUGCCGAGCUGCGUUCGACGUCAAGGGCGCAACGGCGACACCACUGGCGUCAACGCCUGUCGAUGGGUACCGCUUGCGCGUCGAGCUGGCGUCCGGUCAAGUGCUGCACCUGGAAGUGGCGAGUGAGCCAUUGCUCGCCAAGCUGACAAUGGUGCUAUCGAACGCAGCUUCCUGUGCCGAAUACACCCCGCCAGCAACAAGCACAUGGAGUCGGCUCCUGAGUGUCGCGAGUUCGAUCCAGCAGCGGCCUCUGCCUUCGUCGGUCGUAAGCAGUGGGGUCCAGGUCGCCGAUGUCAUAGCACACGUGACCCGUUUGCGCGCGAUUCGGGCGAGCACUUUUGGUUGUGCGAGCCCGCUGGCCUUGUACGAACACUUGCUGGCGCUGGAAGCCGACUACGUCGCUCACCACCGCGACAAUCCGGCGCCCACUGACGCGUACCCGCACCUCGUGUACCAGCUCGAUACGCUCCCGUAUGCUCUCGGCACAUCGUCGGCAGGUAUGGAUCCGACGUCCAAGGCCUUUCUUGGCAUCUGCGGCUACUGCACCACCGAGCUCGCGUCGCAUCAAGUGCACUACCAUUGCAUCGAACGGCGCAAGGUCGACUGCCCGAACUGCCGCGAAGCCCUCCCGCCGGGUGUCUACUACAAGAGCCGCUACGACACCGUCGCGUUCGACACGCCGCUCCGCGACAUUCUCAAUACGUGCCCCCACCGCAAGUGCAGACGACGAUGGUCCCGCCAGGACAUGUACCGCCUCCACCUCCUCGGUGACGCGCUCCUUUGCGCUGGCUGUGGCAACACGGUGGCCUACGAAACGUACCAGAUCGCUCUCUUUAUACAGGAGUACCCGCUGCUGCAGUACGACAGCCUGCUCACUGCGACAGGCUCCUACGUGAGUCAUGUGCGCACACCGCGCUCGCUCCCUCGCGACGGCCGCUGGUCCUCGUUCGAGCGCGAGAUGGACGCGCUCAUCAAUGCCAAGCGGCUGACGCUCAAGACGUUUGAAGUUGUGAGUCUUUGUAACUCGUGGCUGGCGGCCCUGCGCAUGAUCCAGUCGCACGCCCUUGGCGCCUUUCCCAUUGACCUCGUACAGGCAAUGGCGCGCGAUGUAGCGUUUAUCGAGCUCGUCGACCCGCAUUUGGAAUACUGGACGCACCCGACGGUCGUUGCCGCGGCCAUUCGCCGCUACGAACACUUUAUGGCGCUCAAAGGGCCGCACCUCGCGCCGACGGUCGACGUGGAGCUCGUGUGGCGCGUGCACCGGCUGUCGCUCGACAGCUAUGCGAUCUACUCUCGCAAGUUGUGCAAGCGCGUACGACCGCCGUAUCGCCAUGACGCAAGGACACCAAAAGAAGCGACCAACGACUACUAUGCGACGUGUGCCGCCUGGUACAAAGCCUACAAGACACCGUACUCAUCGCAUGUACCGGACGAUGCGCCGAGCAAGAUGAUGCAGCUGUUGGCGCACGGGGACUCUCGCUUUCACGGCGUGAACGAGUCGUUUGCGCCGAGCGAGCUCCAGCAUGCGUCCGCGUUUGCGCAGAACUCGAGCGACAACAAGGUCACUGUUAGCGUCAUUGGAAGUCUGGUGGGGACGUCUAUCAAAGCGAUUCACUCCCCAAACCACGCCAACGAAGUCUAACAUAUAUGUAGUGGUUUGUGUGCUAUGCAGCUUCUUGACUCUCUUUACUCAUGGUCUUGUACAAUGCACACGUUGCACACGAGGGUCUUUUGAAACUACUAGUAUA